AAAACAUUCCAUAAGAAGAGCGAGUAUUUCCAUGUCGGCUAGUUUGUUGACUUGUUGUCUAGCCAUAGGUUUCGCACGUCGUGGAUAUGGAUUCGUAAACUUCCGGACGAUGCAGACUUCGGAUUGAGACAAUUUUCUUUCCGUCUAUUUUGCCUCUUCUCGCCGCGAUUUUGUCAAGCCAGCAGCGUGCUUUUUUUCGUGUCGCACAUGUGUGCUCGUGUUUCUGUCUGAUCCACUACAUUGAUCGCCCGUGCAAAAGGUUUUCCAGCUCACAAUGCCUAAAUCAAAGAAGGCGGUUGCUAAGUUAAAGCGACUACAGGCAAUAGUGAAAAAGCCAAUUCACCCAAACAGCAGGAAAGCGCAGCAGCUGGCGCGAAAAGAGAUCCACAAAAACAAGAUCCAGAGUCGCAAAACCGAACUCUCUCUGAAGUUGAAGACAAAAAUUGAGAAGCUUGCUUGGUUCCACGAACAGCUCAUUGAAAAUACGAGUGACAGGCUUUCACCGUCAGAGUUGGACAAUCUCAUUGAAGAGUACUUCCACCGAUUUGAUGAGGAAAUGGAACAUGUGCAGUCCAUUGAGCAAAUCAGAGGCAAUGUAAACCAGUACAAGGGGCGUCUGGAUGCCAUUAAGAUGACUCUCGAGAAGGACAUCGGAAGCUACAACUCCUGCGGCAUCGAAGUUCCCAAUCUCUUGAAUCCAGCUGCAUACAAAAUAUUCACAGAAUGGGACGGCUCUUCAGCUUCAUACCUGCCUAAAAUAGAACUGAAGCUCUACACAAAAGCAGCACUCCAGGAACUGGCAUCGAAGUAAAAAAAGAUCCGUGCAAGAAGAAUCAACACAGUCCAUUUUCGUUGCUUUUAAUUUAUUUAAUGACCUAUAAAUAAAAAGCCACAGGUGAAACAUU